UUUUGUCUGCUCUGCCCUCCCCGGGUUUGCUGCUGGUUCUUCCCGGGUUGGCUACCCUGCCACUUUCCCCACUUCCGCAGGGGAGCGGCACACCGCCGGCCGGCUCUCUCGGGGGCUGCACAGGUGUUCCUUCAGAUAGAUGUUCCCCUUAGAUGUUCCUGGUGCAUGUUGUCUCUCUCCUCCUUUAUAGUCCUCUUCCACCAAUCCCAACUCUGCUACCCACACGCCGAGUACGCUGCUCUCCUCCAAUCAGGAGCAGGUCCUACAGUUUAUUGAACUGGAGGCAGCUGUGUAGAAGCUGUUUCCUCCUCUCCCAGUGCCAUAUUGUGGGAGAGCAGAUACAUAGAAUAAGUCUUAAUUCCAGUAACUUAGUCUAGUCUGAGUUGCUCCCAGUUGCUCCCCACAGAUCCCCCUUUCUUUUUAUUUUUGGCGUUGAUAUGCGCCUGUCUUCGGUGCCCCGCGCCACACGCUCUGCUCUGCUUGCUAGAGUUGCCCACAGGUGCUUACAAGCCCUACCAAUCAGGCAAACCGAAUCCGGGUCCUCUCUUCGCCAUGUUGUGAGGAGGUUUUUAGGCGCUGAUGCGUGCCUGUAUUCGGUGCCCUGCAGCUCAUGCUGUACUCUGCUAGAACUGCUUGCAGGUGCUUACAAGCCCUAUCAAUCAGGCAAACCAAAUCCAAGCCUUCUCAUUGCCGUAUUGUGGGGAGACUUAUUGGUGUUGAUAACGUGCCUGUCUUCAGUGACCUGCAGCCGCCCACAGGUGCUUAUCGUCUUACUAAUAAGGCAGACCGAAUCCAAGCUCUCUCAUUGCCAUGUUGUGGGGAGGCCUUAUUUUUCUCUAUUUCUCUAUCUCCGGGCAUUCCUAUUUCUCCCAUUUUACUUCUAUCUUCCAGCAUUCCUAUUUCUCUCAUUUUACUUCUAAACUUCUGUUUCUCUUAUCCCUGCGGCAUCCCGGCGCCCGCCCCGAGGCUGCUUCUCGGCGCCUCGCCCCGCGGCGGGUUCCCAGCUCUGCGCCGCUUCAGCCCGCGCUUCUCUCAUCUGCGCGGCUUCCCAGCGCCCGCCCUGCGGCGGGCUCCCGGCUCUGCGCGGCUCGGCUUCGCACGCUCCGCGGUCUCCAUGCCCUUCGCGCCUGCACCACGGCCUUCGCGCCCGCACCACGGCCUUCGCGCCAGCCCCGCGUUCCCUAUCUAUUCACGCCCCGUGCUCUCUGCACGCAGCGGCUUCUGCGAAUCACACAGUGUAGCUCACGUUUCUGCCACUGGCAUUCAGUCCAAGUUCCCCGGACUAACCUGGCGAAUUCCAACCUGGCGGCCCAUGUCUCUGCCUCUGGUUCCAGAUUUUCGCCUUUUGCUCCCCAGGCUGACUUGAAGAAUUCCAAGCUGGCUUACGUCUCCACCUCAGCCUGCACUCGCGGCUUCAUCUUCCCUAACAUUUUUCUCUACCCACUAUGUUUCCCUAAGUUUUCUUCCAACAAUAUUCCUCCCUCAUUUCUCCUGGCCUCUCCCCACAGUCCGUAUCCAAGUCUAAGUUUCUUAUAGGUUUCACUUUCACUUUCAACCUGCAGUCCGUAUCUGAGUCUAAGUUUCUUCUUGCUUUCACUUUAAAUCCUAACUUCUUUCCCACAGUCCAUAUCCGAGUCUAUGCCUAGGCUUUCGAUAGCUUCUUCCGGCACCUUUUCUGUCCAGCUUUUCCCUAGGCUCUUUGCUAGUCUCUCUCUCCGGUAUUUUCCACUUCUUCCCGUUUCUUCCCUCCUAAGUUUCCUAUCCGAGUCACGGCACCAUUAUGUCGCUCCCCCUCUUCGUGGAGGAACGACACAGGACCCUGUGCUGUUCUUUCAUCUGCUCGGCCCUCCCCGGGUUUGCUGCUGGUUCUUCCCAGGUUGGCUACCGACCCUUCCACCUCCGUGGAAGGGCGGUUCCCCCUAGCCACUUUUCCCCACUUCCGCAGGGCAGCGGCACACCACCGGCCAGCUCUCUCGGGGGCUGCACAGGUGUUCCUUCAGAUAGAUGUUCCUCUUAGAUGUUCCUGGUGCAUGUUGUAUCUCUCCUCCUUUAUAGUCCUCUUCCACAAAUCCCAACUCUGCUACUCACACGCCGAGUACGCUGCUCUCCUCCAAUCAGGAGUAGGUCCUACAGUUUAUUGGUUGAACUGGAGGCAGCUGUGUAGAAGCUGUUUCUCCCUUCUCAGUGCCAUAUUGUGGGAGAGCAGAUGCAUAGAAUAAGUCUUAAUUCCAGUAACUUAGUCUAGUCCGAGUUGCUCCCCACAGAAUUGGCUCUUUGUUCCAGUAUAUGUUGAGUUUGAGGUAGCUCUCCUUCCUAAAAGCUCUGGACACAGGCUUUUAUUGCUUAAGUGUAGAUGAGUUUCAAAGCUCAAAGCUCUAUGGAUUUCUUACCCCGUCACUUUCUUGGAACCACCAAUGAGAUCUUUGCCAAAAAGUUGCAGACUGAGCCAGAGGAAAUUGACUAAAUUAAAUUAUCGCAUCCAAUUUCCCCUAUUACAAGUUUCAGUGAGUCCGUUUUGUUUCCUUAUCUUGUACCUCUACAUUAACAACAAAAACAAGAUACCCAUUAGAGCAAUUUUCACUACUUUUGUGAGUAAACCCCCAAAUUUCCCACAAUAAAACAACAAUUAAUUGCUAUACCUGUGAAAGUGUGUUUUCUUUUCUUCUUCUUUUUUUUUAUUUUAUUUAUUAGAAAGUCAGAGUUAUAGACAGAGGUAGAGACAGAGAGCUCUUCCAUCUGCUGGUUCACUCUCUAGAUGGCCGCAAUGGCCAGAGCUGUGCUCAACCGAAGCCAGGAGCCAGGAGCCUCCUCUGGGUCUCCCACAUAGGUGCAGGGGCCCAAGGACCUGGGCCAUCCUCCACUGCCAUCCCAGGCCACAGCAGAGAGUUGGAUGGGAAGUGAAGCAGCCAAGACUAGAUCUGGUGCCCAUAUGGGUUGCCAGUGCCUCAGGCCAGGGCUUUCACCCGCUGCACCACAGUGCCGGCCCCAAAAGUGUGUUUUCUUAAUUAAAAUUUUAAGUUAGUGCUAAAUUAAAAUGUAAGUAUCUUAUUUCCAUCUUUGUUAAAAUUUUCUCUUAAAUGCUUCAUUAUACUUUCAUUGUUCCUGGAAUUAUAUUUUGAUGAACCCAAGUUAAAUUAUAUAUGGAUUUUUAAAAUUCUGUCAUAAAACCAUGAAACUAUUUUAUCAUCCCACAAAGCAAAUGAUACCUUAUUUGAAUUUUGUCCUCUGUUUCCUAUAUGUGUCACUAUGAAGAAAAUUAAUUGUUAACAAAAAAAAAAAGUCUCUUGGAAAAUGAUUGGCCAGAAAAGGCUCUAAAGGAGCAUCCCAACCUCAGGAAAAAAUAUAGAAUGUUUAUUUGCAUUUCACAAGAAGUAUUCAACUAAUGGCAGGAAUGUUAGAUAAAGAAGGUUCUAACAUGAAGAAGGACUUGAUCUUAAGUAUUAGCAGCCAUUUGGAGGGCAAUACAAAUGUUCUCUAGAGAGUUCAAUAGUAACAGGUAAGGGCUAAAGUCAGAUGUGAAAGAUUGGCCUUGUACACUUGUUGGAAGGAACAAGUGUAGCAGACAAGGGCAUUCAAGGGCCAAAGUAUAAAAUUCUCACUCCUUACAAUCAUAUAUUAUUUUUAUUUAAUUCAGUCUUUAAAAUAUUGAACCAUUUUUCAAUGAGUAAUAAUUUUAUAUAUUUAUGAGCUACAGUGCAACAUUUCCCCCCAUUUGUCAUUAAUUUAUGAUUGGAGACUUGGAGCUCUUCUUUAUUUUCUCAGAAAAUAAAGUAUUGAUUAUUGUGAAUUAUAGUCACCCUAAUCUUUCUGCUGCUUUCUAUCC